CAAGGAGUUGAGGCCUACCUGGGCUGCCCGUUGCCUGGUUGAAGCGGGUCCACCUUGGAUUGCUGUACUAAAGAUACCGCUUCCUUGUCCUGUCCUGUCCUGUCCUGUCGACACUCCACGUUGGCUGCAGAGCGGGACGCUGCACCAAAAAGUCCACUUCGCCGGGUACCUACUGUACCUCGCUGCCCUACCUUGUUCCACCGCAAGCAUGUCAGGAAAGACGACACGGAAGCAGGCAGCAGCACAUGGACUCGACGAAAUUUCGGUGCAGCAUCCCAAGAUGAUGAUGAUGGGUGGUAACAAGAAGAAGCUGGAUCUGUUGAUCCUGAGUUUCAACGCCGCAAAGAAGAUGAUUGACUCGACAGUCUUUGCGCACCAUCUUGAGACGACACUAGUGACCAAUGCUACGUCGCUGCCAGAGGUGAUUGUUUUCUCCCUUCAAGAGAUCUCCCCAUUGAGUUACGCAUUCAUCGGGGGUCCCUUGUUGGCCCCAUUCCUCUCGAAAUACGAAGAAGCGCUCAACAUAGCAGCCGUCAAGAUCAAAUCGACCCCCUCGACCCCCGCCACGCCGGCAUCUGUCACCGUCGAAGAUGAUCCUAACGAUGUGCCCUCGCCGGCCCCGGACGCGGAGGAAGACCAGCAGUCGCCUCUGCUGAGCCCGCCGUGGAGAAAGUCUCGCCGCACGCGGGGCCCCUACACGCUCGUGAAGCAGCACAAUGUCGGUAUGACCGCCAUCAUGCUAUUUGCGCUGCACCCGUCGACCAUCUCGAGCGUCGAGCUGGCAGAGGUUGGGUUUGGCACGCUCGACAUGGGAAACAAGGGCGCCGUGGCGAUUCGGUGCAUCUUCACCCCGCGCGGCAGCUCCUCGGGCGGCGACGGCGACGGCGCCUUUACGCAGCUCACGCUGGUGGCCACGCACCUCGCGCCCAUGGAGUGGAAUCUUAAGAGGAGACACGCCAACUGGCAGAGCAUCUGCUCGGCGCUGUUGUUUGGCGACCCCGUGGCUACGAUCAAAGAGGUUGCCAGGCCCGAGGAUCAGGACGUGGUCUCUGGUCUUCUGAGGCGCCGUUCCACCGGCAGGGCCUCUGACAGCGCAGCGAGCCCGGCGCCGACGGCCGAAGAGGAGGCCGAAGCUGAAGCUUUGCUGAGGGAGGCCGAGGAGCAAGAUCGGGUCUUGGCGGGCCACAUGCGAGAGGCCCUGCGCGACAUGACCAUCUUUAGGCCCGGCAGCCAUGUUUUCGUUGCUGGAGACCUCAACUACCGCACGUCGGACAAGUCCCCCAAGAAGGAAGACAGGUUUCCGAGCUUCGACCCUGAUUCUCCGGAUCACUGGCCUACACUCCUCGAGAGAGAUCAGUUGAACAAGGAGAAGGCGGCCGGCAAGGUGCUCCGCUGUUUUACCGAGGAGGCCAUUUCAUUCCCGCCAACGUACAAGUACGACGUGAUGCAUUCCACAGACGGUGCAAUCAACGAGGCCGAGGCCAAGGAGGCCAUGGAGCGUGGCGAGGCCGAUCUGGUCGUGCCGUACCGCUUUGCUAAGCACAGGUGGCCCAGCUGGACCGAUCGGGUGCUGUACAUGGAAGUGCCCGAGUUUGCCAAGAACGACGACCAAGACGACGAGGACCACACGUUUGAAGCCCACGCGUACACCUCCAUGCCGCUGAUGCGGUCCUCGGACCACCAGCCCGUAUUUCUGCGCCUCGAAGUUCCCAUCCUGACGCCCACGGAGCUCGGCAGAGAAGUGGCCAAGGCCAAGGGCGUCGCCGGCCAGGUUCUGGACUCGUCGAGAGAAGAUGGAAAAGUUGGAGAAGCAGGAGCGAGAAGCAAAGAUGGCAGCGCCGGCAGCGUCGCCGCCGGCGACUCGGCACCGCAGGACCAAGACGUGCGCAUCCGCCUCCCCUACCCGCUCGACAUACACGCCACGGCGCGCCGCCAAGUAGCCAGGUCUCGCGAGUUCAUGUCGGGCUGGACCAUGCUGCUGUGGUGCACCAAGGAGGGCGCGGCCGCGCUCGGUUCGCUAGCCGUCCUGACCCUGGGUACCUACUGGCUGUACCAAGUGCUCUAGAGGAAGCCGGUUGCCUUUAUAGCCUCUGCCAUGAGAGGGUGGCUCUCCAAGGGUUGGCGUUGGUUCUGGGGCAGUUGAAUUCUCGCACUUUCAGAGGAUUUGUCGGCUCUUGUCUACAUUAUGGUGGUGAUGCUGCUGCUGCUCUACGUGUAUUCUUCUUCUUUUUUUCUGCACUGAUUUAUGGUUUCCACGAUUGGUACGAUGAGUAUGGAGUAUGGCGUUGUGUUUUCGGUACUGCCUCUCUACGGCAUAUGGCAUGUGUUUUCUGCCUGGACGGCAUUAUUUUAUGCAUUCCGGUCCUUUUGUUUUGUUAAUCUGCUUCGUACGUUGAUGUUGCAUCUUUCCCCAAAGAUUCGGUACGAUGGUCAUGAUUUUUCUGCGAUGAAGGUAAUGACGGGUUCGGGGUAUUUUUUUUUUUUUCUUUUCUAAAAGACCUUCGCGGUGCCCUGGACAGAGGUUUAUGUUGCUUGGGAGAUGGACUGAAAGGUAUCGCGCACUGAACGUAGAUUUU